AUGACAUGUCCAGCCCCUAAUGGAGAUCCAGUGGGUGGACGACAGCCGGCGGGAGACCAUCCGCACGGCAUCACCUGGGACAAGGAGGUCAUGCCCGACGGGAAGCGAACCACCGUCAAGUCACGCCUCAGCUUCACGCCGCGCCGCUCCCACCACAACUCCACCAUCACGUGCAUCACCUCCAACCAGCUCGACCCUCCGUUGACCCUUCGCAGCUCCAUCCAACUGAAGGUUCUGUUCCCUCCGGAGGUUCGGCUCAGCGUCAAACCCCAGGCGCUGGUGGAGGGAGACGACGCGACCUUCUACUGCAACGCCGAUGCCAACCCCGGCUCGAUUACGUACAGAUGGUACCACAACAGCCACCUGCUCCAGAACGAGACGGCGAGAUCCCUCACGCUCUCCAAGAUCUCCAGAAAUUUCCACCAAGACGCCAUAUCCUGCGAGGUGUCGAACAAAGUGGGCACGUCCAAGAAGACCCAGAGCGUGCACGUGCAGUACGGCCCGACCUUCCGCUCCCUGCCCCGCGACGUCGCAUCCGAGGAGGGCAAGGAGGUCGUCCUCAAGUGCGACGUGGACUCCAAUCCCCCGUCCUCCAUCGUGUGGCUCAAGGAGGGCAAUCAUAAGAUCAUCGCCUCGGGCUCCGAACUCCGCGUCGUAGUCCGGCCAGCGACCUCGGGCAUGUACACCUGCAUCGCCACCGUCAGGGGCUUCCAGGAACUGCGCGGGAGCCUUCGGGUGCUGGUCAAAGGCCCCCCUCAGAUCGUGAGUUCGAGCGACCAGCAGGGGAGGAUGGGGGACACGGUGACCCUCGAGUGUAGCACGGUCUCCAUCCCGAGUCCCAUAAGGAUCACGUGGACGUAUAAAGGAAGGGAGAUUGACCUUAGGGACGAGGUGGUGGAGGGACAGCAGGAUGAAGGAUUCCGCAACAUCCUGGUGAUCCACGACGCGGACUCGCAGGAUUUCGGAUCCUACAACUGCUCGGUUGUGAACGAGUACGGCGUCGCCAGGAAGCAGAUCCGGCUCAACGAAGAGAUCACUGAGUAUUCUUUAAGCAUGUGUUCUUUUACACUUUGUUUUGAGAUCUGA